CAACACUACUAUAUAACAAAUAAUUUGAGUAGAUGUCACAAAGCAAUGUAUUCAUGCAGCCCAUUGCUUCCCUGCAACAGAUUCAGAGUAAAAUCAGAAUAACACCGAGUGUUGCUGGUGUCAGUGGUGUGUACAUCCUAUUCUACCUGAUAACAGAGCUGCUCCACGCGCACAACUCCCACGCACUAGAGUUCACCCCUGCGGAAGUGUUCACUGGGCGGGUAUGGCAACUUGUUACAGCGGGGUUUACUGAGAAGUAUCUGAUAUGUGUAGUGUUUAACCUGUCCCUGCUAGCAGUCAGUAACCGCUUUUUGGAACCUGUUUGGGGCACUCUGGAGUAUAUCAAGUUUAUCGUGGUUAUCAACAUUGCCGCCUACUCCAUGAAUCUGGUCAUAUAUUUCGUGGGGUAUGUUGCACUCCGGGAAGAGAGUUUCCUUUACGCGCCCUUCAGCGGGGGACAAGGUCUACUGGGAGGUAUUCUGGUGGGGUUGAAGCAGCUGAUACCUGAUCAUGUGAUGGUGCGCGCGGUGCCAGCAGUGCGCGUCAGACAUCUCCCGCUCUGCUCAUUUAUAGCUGCUUUAUUUCUUAUGUUGAUCAGAGUUUCGGGGUUGAGGUAUCUUACUGUUACUAUUGGGGGACUUGCUUCUUCGUGGAUAUAUCUCAGGUAUUUCCAGAUCAGGGACUCUGGCAGAGGUGAUUUCUCUGACGCUCUUUCCCUCGCGUCAUUCUUCCCUGAGUCUGCUCAACCUCACGUCAUAAAAUACAGUUCAGCAGUGAGUUCGGUGGUAGAUGGAAUGUUACAAAAACGUCAAGCCAGCAAAACAGUGGACCUGAAAACCUUCUCUACUAACGUUAACAUUAUAACAGAUCCUGUUUCUGAGCGCAGACGUCAGCUAGCCCUUCAAGCGCUAAACGAGAGAUUACAGAAGACUGACGACGUUGACUGGCCCAGCUCGGACAGUGAGCCUGAAGCGACUCCAGCAACUGAUGAAAUAGUCUGACUCCACUGUAAAACUAUUAUAGAUGAAAGUAAAACCUGGUUUGUAUAUUUCAGACGCUGAUGUUUGACGAUUAAUCAGUUAAUUAAUUGACCAAUUAAUUGAUUGGUUAAUUGGUAUGUUGGUUGGAGGAUGAUAUGAUUUGUUACGUUUAGCUCAGUAGAGAAUUCAGAUGCAUGAUUUGCAUUUUAAUUAAGAUUAAUGGUAAUAGUAGGGUUAUUUUUAUAUCUUUACUGUAAUUUAGGUUAUUUUGUGUGUCUUUAGACUAUCACCGCGAUAAAUAAAGUUUCUUCUGGUAUUAAAACAUAUUUUGGAAAAUGUUAGCUUUUUAUCGUCUAACACUUCAAAAUCCAUGAUUUUACAUAAGUUUAUUGCCCUGUUAUUUUCAUUUGAAGCCUUUGCCCUCAACGAAAUGGAUAACUUUUUAUUCUAUUUCAAUCUCGUUUCUCAUAUUGAGUUUUAACUAAUAGAUGUAGUUCUACAUAAUAUUAAAGACUCAAGUUCUGAAAGUUUUUUGAUUUCGAGGUUUCUUUUGCAUGAAUUGAUGUGAAUGUGUAUUUAUUUUAUUUAAAAUUUGAAUUCCGAUGAAA